UCAGCACCACACCGCCCCAACACACACACACACGCACCGCUUUCUACCUCCUAUACUCCUCCAUUUUCACACACUAUUCAGGGGCGUGUUCAAGGUGUACAUUUUAUCAAAGGUGAUUACAAAUUUUCACUCCUGCUCGAAAGACAACACACUGGCUGAUAUCUUAAGUUAUGCGGACGUGGAACAAACUGGAGCAGAUGGUGACGUGUUUUGUGAGGAAGUACCUGAUGUUUGCGGUGUUGGGGAUGAUCUCUUCCUGUGCCUUCGUCAACAUGGCUCUUCACGCUGGCGCUGGUCUACACUACUACUGCCAGGAAGAAUGUCUAAAGAAGGCACUCACAGGCCCGCUCUUGCCCCUGGACAAAGACAUCAUUUUACACAUCCGGAAAUACUGGAUAGACCCACCUGCGCCCCGGGGGUCAUACAAGUCUGACUUCCCCCUCGAGAAUCCACCCUGGGCUUCCAUGGGGAACUGGGGUGAGGCCUACAACUUAAUCAAUGAUUACCUCAAGCCGUACGGGAAACGAGGAACCUUUGUGGAAAUCGGUGCUAGCGACGGAGAGUUCAAGUCGGUUAGCUUGUACGCGGAGCAGAAGCUGGGAUUCAAGGGGCUCCUGAUCGAACCUAACCCUGGCGAGUAUCAGGAGCUGAGAGCAAAGAAGAGAUCUGCUUACACUGUCAAUGCUUGUGCCUCUAUAUACCCAGGCCAUGUAAAGAAUGACCUGUGGAUCCGUAACACCCCGGUCAACCUACCAUACCUGUUGUACAGACUACAGAAGAGCAGCAACCGCCUCGUAAAGUAUGUCUCUCAAGAGGACAGUGGCCUCGGAAGGACGACGCCCGUACAGUGUUUCAAUGUCGGGGCGCUGACGAUAGCUGCCCUCAAAACGACUACCAUCGACCUCCUGGCCAUCUCCACACACGGGGGGGAGCUUGAGAUCCUUGAUGCAAUCCCAAAAGCCAUUAAAAUCAAUCUGCUGGUGCUGGUGACGCCAAUCGCUACUCAAGAUGACAUGGACCUGGUAAAGGCUCUCACUGAAGCUCGAGAUCUGAAGCCAAUUUUCCUGAAGUACAACAUGAACAUCUUUAUUACUGCCGAUCGUGUUGCUAAAGCCUAGUGUGUGUGUGUGUGGUGUAAAUUAAGUUAAAAGAAGAAUUAUAAAAAAAAAUGAAGAGAAGAAAACAAAGG